AUACCAAAUCCACAAGAACUUCAUAGUUUGCUAUUAUCAAUAUACAAUGAUGGCCACAAAACUGUAUGGACACCCACUUCUUGUACCAACAAGAAGAGUUGCUUUGUGCCUUGAAGAAAAGGGGCUUCAAUAUGAGUUUGUUCUGGUUGAUUUAUCAACUGGCCAGCAGAAAAAGGAGCCUUUCAUUUCAAUCAAUCCUUUUGGUCAAGUACCAGCACUUGAAGAUGGAGAACUGAAGCUCUUUGAAUCAAGAGCAAUUACUCAGUACAUUGCACAUGCCUACCCCGACAUGGGCGAACCACUCGUACCCAAAGACCCCUACAAGAUGGCCAUUGUCUCCGUAUGGACAGAAGUCGGGUCACAGAGAUUUGAGGUUGUAGCCUACAAGCUGAUAUACGAGCUCGUCAUAAAACCCAAGUUAGGCAAGGUCACCAACCACGGUGUAGUGGACCAGCACCAGGAGAAACUAGCUCCGGUUCUUGAUAUCUAUGAGACUCGUUUGUCGAUUUCCAAGUAUUUAGGCGGAGACGAGUUCAGCCUGGCGGACUUGCACCACAUCCCGAUUGUGUACGAUCUGUUGGGGACUGAGAUUAAGGCCCUGUUUGAUGCCAGGCCCAAAGUCAGCGCAUGGUGUGACGAUAUAUUGGCCCGGCCCAGUUGGCAGAAGGUCGUGCAAGCCAUGCAGAUCUGAUCUGAUCGGCCCAUUAAGGACCCAAUUUGGAGUUCCCUGUUGGUUCUUUUGGUUAUGGAGGUGAUAAUUUAUUUUUAUGAACUGAAAGUUUUUGCAUCUCCAAAUAAACAAAUGGUUGUUUGUUGUUUAAUUGGAAUUCAGAUUCAUGUUCCAAAAUUUACUUGCUUGGUUUCCAGAAUCAUGUAGCCACAUUUUAACUUCAGUACAGUUCCAAAAGUCGAACCAAACAUACCUGCGGUUGAAAAUUAAG